UGUCUUUCUCAGUCAUGCAGGGAUUUGGUGCUUAAGAACUGGGGAGGCUGAAGGGAGGAGCAUAACAUACCUCUUUAGGGGAGGAGACAGGAGCUCCCCAAUGUGAAGGUCAGUGGCUGGGACCUUUGCCAGAGCUGGGCUUUCUAGCGGAGAAGCUGCCACCUCAGCACAACGCCGAUCGUCCCAGUGCUGUGUUUGUUUAAAAUGACGUCUCUAAUGCAGUUUGACCUACCAUGGCCUUAAAGAAAAUGCCAGCUCACAGAGGACCUGUUGCAAUGGAGGGAUCAGAAGCAGCUAGGUUAGCAGGAAGCUUCCCCAACUCAUGUCCCCUCCCAGGGCCUGGCAACGGUCCCAGCUUCGGAGAAGAACGGGGUGGUGUUGAGCUGGCUGCCCCUGGGGAGGACAAAACCUGAGCUCCAAAGCAGGAGAAGAAACUCCAGCGCAGAGGAGGGAGUUGCCUGGGGCCAUGAGUCCAGCUGGGAGCCGAUGAUGGGGCCUUGCGUCUAAAGGAGACAGGAUGUUCCCAUCUGUGACGUCGGUGGUGAGGUUCUCUGCGUAUGACAACGUCACGCAUUCCACUGCUUUGGUAACAGUGCCGACUAACGUGACGGCUCUGUCCCCUGUGACCACACAGUCAAUCAAUGAUACCAACAUCACUGUGCCGCACAAGUGCCUACUUCUACUUUAUGAGGACAUUGGGAAAUCCAGAGUCCGGUACUGGGACCUCCUGCUCCUGGUUCCCAAUGUACUCUUCUUUGUCUUUCUUCUCUGGAAACUGCCCUCUGCCAGGGCCAAAAUCCGUGUCACCUCCAGUCCCAUCUUCACUACUUUUUAUAUACUGGUCUUUGUGGUGGCAUUGGUUGGGAUUGCACGGGCUGUUGUCUCUAUGACAGUCAGCGCCUCUGAUACUGCUACAGUGGCCGAUAAGAUCCUGUGGGAGAUCACGCGCUUCUUCCUUCUGGCCAUUGAGCUGAGUGUGGUGAUCCUAGGCCUUGCCUUCGGUCAUCUUGAGAGCAAGUCCAGUAUUAAACGUGUCUUGGCCAUCACCACGGUGCUGUCUCUGGCCUACUCUGUCACCCAGGGGACUCUGGAAAUCCUGUACCCUGAUUCCCACCUCUCUGCAGAAGACUUCAACAUCUAUGGCCAUGGAGGGAGACACUUCUGGCUCGCCAGCUCCUGUUUCUUCUUUCUGGUCUAUAGCUUGGUGGUGAUUCUUCCAAAAACGCCACUGAAAGACCGGAUUUCUCUGCCAUCGAGGAGGAGUUUUUAUGUCUAUGCUGGAAUUCUUGCCCUGAUGAAUCUCCUGCAGGGCCUGGGCAGUGCCCUCCUCUGCGUGGAUAUCAUAGAAGGACUGUGCUGUGUUGAUGCCACAACAUUCCUCUACUUCAGCUUCUUCGCACCUCUCAUUUACGUGGCAUUCCUGAAAGGUUUCUUUGGGUCUGAGCCAAAGAUCCUUUUCUCCUACAAAUGCCAAGUGGAUGAACCUGAGGAUGUUGAUGUGCACCUCCCCCAUGCCUACGCUGUGGCCAAGAAAGAGGGCAUGGAUUCCGGCUUCUACUCCAGCACCCAAAUUGACACCACAGCCUAUCUGGAUGAUGUUGCCUCUAUGCCCUACCACGUGGGCAGCAUCAACAGCAUUGAUAGUGACCGUUGGAAAGCCAUCAAUGUGUGAAGCAACCCACACCCCCUUUUUGCAAUGCCUCAUUCCCUUCCUUCCAACCUCUCUGAUCCCACAGUUGCUAGGAUGUGCAUUGGAAAUUGAUCCUCAGCUAUUUGGUGUGGCUUUCCCCUCUUUCCUUGGGGUGUUGUCAUCCCAUUGUGGAAAAAAAUAGACAACUCCUCUGACCCUCCCAGAAGGACAUGCGUUGUCUUCACAUGAAAAUGGCCUAGACCAGCUGUAUUCACAAAUACCUUUGUGCAGAACCUUCCUGAGUGUUCCAGAGAUGGAUGAGACCCAGAAGAUGGGCCUUGACGAUCCACUUUCCUCUUUGAAUGUCUGAAAGCACUUAUUUGACUGGGAGGUGGAUGGGUUUGGGGUGCAUGGACUGAGAUUUAGGCACCAGAGCAGCCAGAGGAAGCAUUCUGUGCAUGAACCCAGAGGCACUUUGGGCUUUCUCAGCAGGCCCACCUUCCCAAAUAGUAUUGUAAUCAACCUGCUCAAGCUCUUAGCAAAAGCAGUGUCUGGUGAGGAAGCUUGGAAAAGCAGAGCUGCUCCCAGCUCUGGUUGAUACACAUACAAAUCAUGAAAUGCAGUAUAAUGGGAAUUGCAUUGAGUGUUUAGCUGGGGAAGGGGGUGAGGGGUGGAGUGAGGAAGUACAAUGAUGAUUGAACUGUUAAAUGUGCCCCGAGACCAGGGUCAUAUUUUACAGGCUUGUGAGACUGAUAUAUCCUGAGUAAAGAAUAGGGGGACUGUAAAAGACCUAACAUGGCUGGUCAACUGAGACCAAACAACGGAGGAAGCAUCUCUGAAGAAUGUGCUGCUGUAUAACUGGACUUGCAGCUUGACUUCUCCGUGACAUGCAGUUAUGUGCUUUACACUGAAUUGGGGUUGAGUUUUCACACUCAAACUGGCCAUGUGGGCAUACUACAGGUCUGUGCUCUGCUUUGGAGGGUCCCCCAGCUCCAAGAGGGCUACAGAGGAGAAGGCUGGCUCUGAAAAUGAAGGCUGCAGAGGAGAUCAGAGGCCUGAGGCAGAGCGAAAGCCGAAGAUGAGCCUCAGCUGCUAGCAUCCCAUACCUGGAGAGGUCUGGGAAGCCAACAAAGUGGCUAGAGUCAAGACAACGAGUGUUCUAGCUUGGGAGGUAAAUGGGAAGUAGACAAACUGCUACUGCUUCUGUAGCAGCUUCUCUUGAUCUGUGCUGUGUUGUAGCUUGGGCCCCUGGCACAAUCACAUUGGCCUGAAUAGGUGCUGUAGCUGGAUACAUUUAAAAACCGUAUGACUUUGGACUUCCCUGCUGGUCUGUAUAUAGAUUCUCUGAGGUCUUGCCAUUAACCUCUUCUACUUGGAAAGAAGGGUUUACAUCUGACCAGCCUGACAUGGAUCCCAUCGCAUUCCUACCCCAUGGCUGUUCUACUUAAGGUUUCCAUAGCUGGGCUUGUGGGACCUCUGGGAUGCGAUUUGCACCCACCAGUGGUGAAUAGAUUUAUGUUGGUAGCGUUAGAAAUGCUGUUCUGACUGGAGACCUCCAGGUACGUGGAGGAUCUGAUAUGCGAAUUAGCUGCAUUUAAUUGGAAAUGGCAAGUUGAGGUUUUUUUCAACAUGUAUGAAUUUUAUGGGCCUCUUCUUUGACUGCUGAUUUCUGGAUCCUGGCAGUUGGGGAUAGUUAAGGAAGCAAAUAUCCUUCCUGUUGUGUGGUGCUGGAGUAUGGGUUUGAAUCCUGAAGGAGGUUAGUGGGUGUAGUUCGCUUCCAAGUGUUCCCAAAUAAGGGAGUGGGAAGCCUGAGGGGUGACAACAGGGAGUGUGUGUG